AUGGCGACACCCGUCCCUCCGCCCUCCCCGCGACACCUGCGGCUGCUGCGGCUGCUGCUCUCCGGCCUCGUCCUCGGCGCGGCCCUGCGUGGUGCCUCCGCCGGCCGCCCGGAUGCAGCUGCCUGUCCUGGGAGCCUGGAUUGCGCCCUGAAGAGGAGGGCGCGGUGCCCCCCAGGCGCGCAUGUCUGUGGGCCCUGCCUUCAGCCCUUCCAGGAAGACCAGCAAGGGCUCUGUGUGCCCAGGACACGCCGGCCUGUGGGGGCGAGCCUGCCUAGGCCCCGACUGGAAGAUGAGAUUGACUUGCUGGCCCAGGAGCUGGCCCGGCAGGAACCACCACGGCACUCCACGCUCACUGCCCAGCCCCAGCCUGAAGCCCGACAGCGGCAGUUGGAGCUCGCAGCCACCCUGGGGCUCUCAGAGCGCCGCCAGGGCCCCGACCUGGGCCCCCCCUCCACUCGGGGAGCCCCUGCACCCACGCCCCACACCUCCUUGGGCUCCCCUGUGUCGUCUGUGCCGGUGCACGUGGCCCCCUUGGAGCCCCGGGGCGGGCGUGGUGACGGACUCGCCCUCGUGCUCGUCGUGGCGUGCUCGGUAGCCGGCGCGGCCGCCCUCGCCGUGGCGGCUCUCUGCUGGUGCAGGCUGCAGCGAGACGCCCGCCUGACCCAGAAGGCCGACUACGCGGCCCAGCAGGCGCCCGGCUCCCCUGCAACGCCCGGGAUCUCGCCCGGCGACCAGAGGCUAGCGCACAGCGCCGAGAUGUACCACUACCAGCACCAGAGGCAGCAGAUGCGGUGCCUGGAGCGGCAUAAAGAGCCGCCCAAGGAGCUGGAGUCGUUGUCCUCAGACGAGGAGAACGAAGACGGUGAUUUCACGGUGUACGAGUGCCCGGGCCUAGCCCCGACCGGAGAGAUGGAGGUCCGGAACCCGCUGUUCGACCACUCCUCGCUGUCCGCGCCCUUGCCGCAGUGACCUGAAGGCUGCCGCUCCCUUCUCCCGGAC